UGAACUGAUGACAGAUCAUAACAAAAUAACAAUAUUUCUAUGGCUUUUUCUCAAAACAACUAAAAAGUUGUGAUGCCGCUGCAGCGACGCGACCAUAAGCUAAACUUUUUCAAUUAGAAAAACAAAAGAAGCUAGAAGAUAAACAUCAAGAACACAGUUCAAUGGCAAAUAACAUACAAAAUGAAGCGGUUUGUCGGGUUUGCUUGUCUACUAAUGACAGUAAAUUUCGUUUGUUGUACAAAGAAUCCUUGAUUUGCGGAAAGAAGAGAAACUUCGCUGAUUUGCUAAUGGAAUGUAUUCCAACCCUGCAGGAAUACUUGAUCGAAAAUCGAGACAACUUACCAAAAACAAUUUGUAGUAAAUGUUGUUUAACAUUAAAACAUUUUGUUCGGUUUCGUAGAAAAUGUCUCGAGGCGAAUCAUCGAUUACAGACGGAUUUCAAAACUUCCUUGGAAAUAAUAUCGAAACUCAAAAAAGACAUUCCGUUGAACGAUAGUUUAAUCGAGAUGCAGACAGAAACUGAUAACUCCGCAAUAAAGCAGCAUGAACAAAUUUCAACUAACGAAAUUAUAGAAGCACCAAAAUCGAGUUCCGCAGAGCCCACUGAGAGCUUGAAUACUAACUUUCAAUGCCAGUAUUGUCAUAAAAUUCUUAGUACCAACAAAUCAUACCGAUGUCACCUGCAGCUACAUUCACAGGAAUCGAGUUUUCUCUGUAAUUGCUGUGGCGAGCGGUUUAAAACCAAAAUGGCUUAUACGGGUCACAUGAACACGCACAAUCCGGAAAAAUACCGAUGCGACACUUGUGGUAAAAGUUACCGACAGGCAGCAUCCCUUCGUAAUCACCAGCUUAAUCAUAGUCAGGAGAAACCGUUUAAUUGCUCGAUCUGCGGCCACUCGACAACGCAGAAAAGCGGUCUCAAAAAGCACAUGCUUAUCCACUCGGACACGAAGUCGUUUGUGUGCGAUCUAUGCGGAGAGCACUUCCGCUUUUCGAGCAACCUCAUUAUGCAUAAACGGCGAAAGCAUUCGCGGGAGAAGAAUUACACUUGUGCCAUCUGUCCAAAGGGAUUCGUUUCCAAGGAGGAACUGACCAAUCACAGCAUGUGUCACACGGACGAGCGUCCGUUCGCGUGCGACCUCUGCGGGAAAAACUUCAACCGAAAGAGUUCGCUUAAAUUUCAUCGGAAGCAUAAGCAUCUCAUUAUGGCAACAAUUGCGUGCCACGUUUGCGGCCGAGGGUUUUCGCAAAAAGUUUCACUCCAGAAUCAUCUUCGAACGCAUAUACUGACAGAUUAGAAAUAAGCGUACGAUCCAUAUCGAUCAUUUCUGAUUUUUCCGCAUGGUUGCACUGCUUUUUGGUUUUGAUAAAGAUGUCAUUGUUUCAUCAUUUAAGAUGAUUUAAGUAUUCUUUUAAUACAUAUUAUUUUAUUUAUUAGUGCCAUUUUCUUUUAUGAUAAUGAUGACAUCUGUAUUAAAACCGAACAACUGACCAGAGUUUAAGCGAAAACGGAAAAUAUAAAUGCGUGAAACUAAAUAAAAAUUUCAUCUUUAUCAGUACAAAAACUACCUAAUCAGUACAUCGCUGCUGACUUAGAAGGCCAUGACUAUUGCAACCGAACAUAAAGCAAAUACUAGUUACAGGAGUCUCGAAUUCUGGCUUCUUCUGGAUAUUGUAGUCACCUCACAGAAACACCCGAGAACUCUGAGUAGUGUUCACAGGUUCGAAUGUCAAGACAAAAGAUUUCGUACAUGUUGAUGGGCUCCAUUACGGAAGUCAUUCCAUUAUCGAC